GCAGAGGGACGGUCUGGAUGGCGCCCCACCGAGGAGUGCGGCGCGGCCAAGACCUGGAGAGAGCGCACACAGCGUCCGGUUGGCCGCACAACAAGUGCGUAAGGGUCAAACGGGGUCACGCACCGCACCGCGGAGCCUACUGGGAACGCUGUGCAAAAUGGCGACGCCCAGCUUGCGCUCCCGCCUGGCGAGGUUUGCGAACCCGGGGAAGCCUGUCCUGAAACCCAACAAGCCUCUUAUCCUAGCCAACCGCGUCGGGAACAGGCGCCGAGAGAAGGGCGAGGCGACCUGUAUCACCGAGAUGUCGAUGAUGAUGGCCUGCUGGAAGCAGAAUGAGUUCCGCGACGAGGCGUGCAGAAAAGAGAUCCAGGACUUCUUCGAGUGUUCUUCCAGGGCCCAGAAAGCUGGGAAGAUGAGAUCAAUCCAGGAGACUCUAGAACAGUCUGAGAGUUUACCUCCCCACAAAAUGACCAAGUUGUUACAGAGAUUUCCCAACAAAUCUCACCUCAGCUGAAAAUGGAGAAACAUUUUCAAUGAACUGUCAUUUCUGAACGCUAUAUAGAGGCGUGUUAGGGAUGUUUGCAUUUGAACUACUAUGCAUUUUUGAGGGGUAAAAUGAGACGAAACACUUGCUCUUGUGAAUGGAUCAUGUUCUGGAUGCUGUCUUGAAAUAAAACCCUCUAAAAAAGAAA